GCGGCCGAAAAGUUAAAGGGGAACUUUUCCCGUUGAGUUUGGGAGGAUUGUGUUCCCACCUCCUCCUCCAGCGGCAGGAAGAGGGAUGUGAUGUAAAAAUCACACUGAACUCUUUUUUUCUUGGUUUCCAGAUCUUAACGAUGUGUUGUAACACGGCGAGGAGAGCUAAACUUUCCAGGACAAUGAGUGCGGAUCCGUAACCGGGCCACGUCUGGGUUAGAGGACGUUCCUGAAGCGCCUUGUGUGGAGAAACGACUCGGAAUAGCAGAGGUAAACUUGACCACAGUGUGCCGGAAUUGGAACCCCGAAAAAGCGAACACUGCUGCCAGAAGAGUUACAUCACCGCCGGUUUUAACAGUAACAUCACUUCAUCAAGCUCAGCGUGUUGAACCGGAGAUGUCUGAAUGUUGCCUCUACUGUUGGAUGCACCGUGAUUUUUUUCCAAGCGAGCGUGAGAGCUCCUCCACGACAAGUUCUGAUCAAGAUGUAGUGUGUUUUCUGCAGUGAGCGACUCUGAUGCCUCACCAUGUUACUCUUCCUGCUGCUGGUCCUAAACUCUAAAACCGACGCUCAGAUCGACCCAGCGCUCUGCCGUUAUCCUCUCGGCAUGGAGGACGGCAGGAUCAAAAACGAUGACAUCACCGCCUCUAGCCAAUGGUACGACACGACCGGGCCGCAGUACGGAAGGCUAAACAGAGAGGAGGGUGAUGGUGCCUGGUGUCCUGCUGGUCAACUGCAGCCAUCAGAUGUUCAGUAUCUUCAGCUGGACCUGCGCCAGCUCACCUUCGUCACCGUGGUGGCCACGCAGGGCCGCUACGCCCGCAGCUCCGGCAACGAGUUCGCCCGCAAAUACCGUCUGGACUACAGCCGCGACGGCCACCGCUGGAUCUCCUGGAGGAACCGCUCCGGGAACGAGAUCAUCAUGGGGAAUGUGAACACCUACGCGUCAGUGGUGAAAGACCUUCACCCCCCCAUCAUCACACGCUUCCUGCGCCUCAUCCCCGUUACUGACGCCGUACACACUGUGUGUAUGCGCGUGGAGGUGUUCGGCUGCCCUUGGCAAGAUGGGUUGACAGCGUACAGUGCUCCAGAGGGUCAGACCAUGAUGGCUCCAGGCUAUCCCAUCACCUCCCUCAACGAUUCCACCUACGAUGGCGUUCUGGAGCGCAGGAGGCUGCUGGGUGGGCUUGGUCAGCUGACAGACGGUGUGAUUGGUCAGGACGAUUUUGUCCCGAUGCUGCAGUACCAGCUGUGGUCGGGUUAUGAUUACGUCGGCUGGAGAAACGACAGCUUGGGUCCUGGAUACGUGGAGAUGGAGUUUCAGUUCGACAGGCAGAGGAACUUCACCUCCAUGAAGGUGCACAGUAACAACAUGUUCUCUCGGGGAGUGAAGGUGUUUUCGUCUGUGUCGUGCGUCUUUAAGCCGCAUCUGAUCUCGGAGUGGGAGACGGAGCUGGUGGAGUUCUCCACAGUGCUGGACGACCGGAACCCCAGCGCUCGCUACGUCACGGUGCCGUUAGAGAGGCGCUCGGGAACCGCGCUCCGCUGCAGGUUCUUCUUCGCCGACACCUGGAUGAUGUUCAGCGAGAUCUCCUUCCAGUCUGCAACCAACCCAGUGCCCACUCCACGGCCUCCAGUGAUGACCUCACCUCUGUCUGUAACAGAGAGCCAAGCACUGACCACACUGAAGACAGAUAUCACCAUGACAACACCCAAAACACAGCCUCCUGAAGAGGGCGGUACCUCUGUUCUGAUUGGCUGUCUGGUCACCAUCAUUCUCCUGCUGGUGGUGAUCAUCUUCCUGAUCCUCUGGUGUCAGUAUGUGUGUAAAGUGCUGGAGAAGGCUCCAAGGCGUAUCCUGGAGGAGGAGGUGACAGUGCGUUUGUCGUCCUGCAGUGACACCAUUGUGCUGCAGACCCCUCCUGUGCCCCCUCGCGUGUCUCUGGACCCCCCGUAUGAGCGAGUGUUUCUGCUGGACCCUCAGUAUCAGGACCCCGCAGCGCUCAGAGUUAAACUACCGGAGCUGAGUCAGAGCGCAGAGGCCUCAGAGUGUGGUGGUGGCUAUGCUGAGCCAGACGUUACCCAGUGUACCCCUCAUCAGGGCUUCCAGACCAGCGUGCCGCACUACGCUGAGACAGACAUCGUGAACCUGCAGGGCGUUACCGGGAGCAACAUGUACGCCGUUCCCGCAGUUACCGUCGACUCACUGACCAGGAAGGACAUCUCGGUGGCCGAGUUUCCACGGGAGCGCCUCAUCUUCCGAGAGAAGCUGGGGGAGGGCCAGUUUGGGGAGGUGCACCUGUGUGAGGCGGAGGGUCUGGUGGAGUUUUUAGGGGAGGGCGCCCCGUUACCGGAGCAGGACGGGAGAGCUGUGCUGGUGGCCGUAAAACAGCUCAGAGCGGACGCCACCAGUAAUGCCAGGAACGACUUCCUGAAGGAGAUAAAGAUCAUGUCUCGUCUGAAUGACCCCAACAUCAUCCGGCUGCUGUGUGUGUGUGUGCACUCUGACCCGCUGUGCAUGGUCACGGAGUACAUGGAGAACGGAGACCUGAACAUGUUCCUCUCGCAGAGAGAGAUUGAGAGCACACUGACUCACGCCAACAACAUCCCCUCCGUCAGCAUGACAGACCUGUUGCACAUGGCGGUCCAGAUAGCGUCAGGGAUGAAGUAUUUGGCGUCUCUGAACUUCGUCCAUCGUGACUUGGCCACGCGGAACUGCCUCCUGGACCGCCAGCUCACCAUAAAGAUCUCAGACUUCGGCAUGAGCAGAAACCUGUACAGCAGUGACUACUACCGCAUACAGGGCCGCGCCGUGCUGCCCAUACGCUGGAUGGCCUGGGAGAGCAUCCUGCUGGGUAAGUUCACCACUGCCAGUGAUGUGUGGGCCUUCGGUGUGACCUUGUGGGAGAUCUUCACUCUGUGUAGAGAACAGCCUUAUAGUCUUCUGACGGACGAGCAGGUCAUCGAGAACAGCGGAGAGUUCUUCAGGAACCAGGGCAGACAGAUCUAUCUCUCUCCUCCUCCGCUGUGUCCCUCCUCUCUGUUUGAGCUGAUGAUGCGGUGCUGGAGUCGUGACAUCAGAGACCGGCCGUCCUUCAGCAGUCUGUACCAGGCCCUGCGACCUCACGCCCACCACCCAUGACUCUCGCUCUAGCCAAUCCCCUCAGAGCGUGAGUCUAGUCUAACCCAUCAGCUCUGAGGACAAGCCUGGAGGUCAUCUGAUGUCUCUCCCUUUAUCUGCGGAGGAGAGCGGACCUGGACGGCUGUAACCUUGCGUUGGUGACGGCGGAGAGGAACCAGGAGCCGAUAACGUCUCUCCAGACGUUCAUCUCCAGACGAGUCGUUCUCAGUUGCAGUACUAGAAGACCCCCUGCACUGCAGAGUUUAGUGUUUACCCUGCUCUAAAACACAACGUUAAACCAAUCUUAGCUCGUGACAAAUCAAGUUUACAACAGUUUCCAGCCUAACGUCAAAUGUAGUCGAUCAGACAAGACGUGCAGUGUCUGAAGUUUUUUAGUUUUAGCUGUCUCACACUCUGUCCCAUCUUCUGCCCUCCUCUGACCCACCUGUCCCACCUCCUGUGCCAUUCUGUCUUACCACCUGUCCCACCUCCUGUCCCACCUUCUGUCUCACUCUGUCCUACUCCAGCAUCUUGAACUUAAACAUCAAAAAAGCUGAAAUUUUCCAACAUAAUUUUUUCGCACCAAAACUAUGCACACCAUGGAUAAACGGGGAUGCUGGGUAGGCGACUUCCAUUUAGUAUUGCGGGGCCACAUGUGGUCUUUUAACGAGAAUACACAUCUGGGGCAGCUUGUUUAACCUUUGUGGCUGGAUUAGGUCAGCUAAAAAGGGUUUCCCCCCCUCUCAAAAUCUGCCUAGAUUCCUUUUUAACGUCCGUCUGGAGUAAAAUUAAUAACACAAGCAAAACAAGUCGGCUAACGAGACACUAUCAUUAGCUAAUGAUAGAUAAACCUUAAAAUCAACAAAAAGGCUAAAAAAGCAAACUUCAGACAUCAGACAUCCUUCGGCUGAUCUACAUUUGGAGAAAGGAGCUUUUACCAAACUAUGGCUUUAAUCCUUUCGUGAUUAGGAUCCUGUGAUUUUAGAGCCGGUAGGAAACUACAGUGUGCAGUGUGACGGGUUCUCCAGCGCUGUGACUGGGAAUCCCUGGACUUCUAAGUGAGGAUGUUUCUUUAAUCCAUGAACACUUGAGAUACGUCUUUGUCGUCUGUUUGUUUUGUUCAUUGUUACUUUAUUGAUUUAGUUAUUUUCUUUUUUCCUUUACAUGGAUGGUCUUUCUUUGUGGUGUUUUUGUUUUUUGUUUUGUUUUUUUUCGGUCUCUGGAGAAAUCUACGUGCUCCAGGCCUUAAAGAACCAACUGGAGGAGUGGUUUCUUCUCACAGUCCUGUGGUCCUGUAUCGCUAAGCACUACUGUCUUAACUUCGUGUGUUAAUUUUUUAGUUUUUUUGUGUUGUUUUUGUUCUUUAUUUACUCCCCCACCCCACACUGGAGAUAUUAAGACUUUAUUAUUCUGACUAUAAUGUGGAUAGUUUGAUGUUAAGUGUUGUUUUUUUUGUUUUAUCUUUUGUUUUCUGAAUAUGAAUGUUCUACAGGUUCAUUUGCGUGAGGUCAGGGUGGAGAGGCGAGCUCCGUCUGGCCUAAAAGCAGAACUACUGUCAUAGUUUAAAGGAACACGUCAGCACUUUUUGGACUAAUCUCUGUCUGCAGCCUUUGUGUUGUGCUUUCUGUUGCUGCAGAUUGACACAUUUCCUUAUGCUGAGUCAAAAUGAAAGUAUAAUAGAAGCCACAGCUCAGCAACUGAAGCAACUGUCCUUUGGCUUCUAUGAUAAGUUUAGACUUGGCUCUUUUUCAAGUUCAGGUAAAUGUGUCGAAAUCUUUGUCUGAUAGAGAUUAGGCUGAAAAGGCGCUGGAAAGUUCCUUUAAGAGAGUCGAGCUUUUCCCCAAGAUAGAGAGGAGAGGCUUUACAGCCACAAACGGACUGACAUGGAGGUGAGCGCACUGUAUCUCUCAUUUCCCCCCAGCGUUUAAAUCAGGCCUUCUGUCCACUCUUGCAACACAUUCAUCACUGUUACACCUGCAGACUCAAUAACCUUUCGCCAUUUCUCCACCGAAGCUGUAGUAGAGGGACCCCCAAUCCUGAAGAUCUGAAGAUCUUCUGCCUGAGGGUUACUCCACAAAGCAUUUUCUAUUUUACCAACUACUCGACGCAGUAGUUCGACCAGAAAUCGGUUUUCCACCGUUUCCUCCGUUUUCCAGUCAGCCAACACAGGUUAGGAGUUUCCUUCAUUAGUUUUAGUUCUGGAGCUAAGAGGCUAACACUGCUAACAAGUGAUAGAGGCUUAUGUUUUCUAACUGCAUCACACUGUCCUCAAACCGUGUGGAGCUGUUCAGAAAUCUCUAAUAGACUUGAUUAUAUUGUUUCAGACACACUGUUAUAUAUAAAGAUGGACAAAAGUACGUUAGCAUAGCUGAAGAUAGUGUAUUAACAUCUCAGCACAGUUUGAGGGCACUGUGUAGGCGUGCAGUAAGCAUCAUACUAACUAGUGGGGUACAAGCUUCCAUUGCUUAUUAGCUAGAUUAGCCUCAUAGCUCCAGUGUAAUGCUUCCUAAAUUAAAUCCGUUCAUGAACAAGUGGGAACUGGGAAGUUUUUCCAGGUGCGAGAGGCGUUUUUCCCAGUUCCAUGACUUCUGAAUUCCAUGACUUCACUUCUACAUGGAGCUCUGAAGUUGUGUGUCAUUCUGUGGUCGCCUUCUUGCCCAUAUCAGAAACUCUGAUGCUAACUUUUUAAGUUCAGUAGAUCCCUAAAGGAACUCGGAAUAACGUUGAAAGUCAUGUAAUGUGAAAGAGGCAUUGUAACACCGUUUUACUAGCAAUUAGUAGAAAUGAGGACAUACAGUAAUCAGAAUACACCUUGCAGUACGUUAUAUACGCACUGGUGAAUGAAUAAUGUGUCGUGGUUAAAGAUCGGUCUGCAUUAUUUUGACUAAAAUAAUUUGCUUUUUUGUCAGAUUAGGUGAAUUCCUUUAUUCACCAUAACACCCACAGAAAUGUCGUCGGUUAGAAAGCUAGAAUGCCAAUAUUGUGGUAACCAUUAACAGAUGAUGUAUAGUGCAGCCUUAGCCUUAGUAACGUUCUCAGUAGCCUCUGUAUGAGAGGUUUUAAAGGAGUUAGCAAACAGGCUGACGUGGCUAACAGUAAGUGAAUGCUAGUACCAGUUUCAUUUGUUGUUAGCAGCGUUAGCUUUUAUUGACUGAACUAUUCCUUUACCAUCUGGCUGCUGAGGGAUUCAGCUCUUUGGGGGGAUUUGAGGAGCGUCUCCAUAUAGCACUGGGAUCCAGACUGAGAGCAGGGUGGGAAAACCGCGAGCUUUGGACUUCUGCUAAUCCCACCCGCCGCAAAUCAGUCUCCCAGAAGUCUUUGCUGAAGUGAGCCUGUGGUCUUUUCUGUUAUCACUGAGUCAAAGAGCCUGUGUUCAAUUUAAAACCAUAGUUUGGCAAAAAAACGUAAGAAUUCCACACUUUUCUCCUUCUCCACAAACGUAGUGCGUCAGCCAAGACGUGUUCGCUUCUUUAGUUUUAGCACUGGAGCUACGAGGCUAACUUAGCCAUAACGAAAGCUUACGUUAGUGAUUAGCAUGGUGCUAACUGCAUGCCUGGAUCGUCACAUUCUCACCUCAAACCAUGCGGAGUUGUUCAGUAUCUCUAAUAGACUUGAUUAUGUGGUUUCUGACACUGUAGCACACACUGUUACCUGUAAACAUGGACUAAAGUACAUUAGCAUAGCGAAACACAGUAGCAGCCGCCACCUCAAGGCCUGAAUUUUGGCUGUACAUGUCUUGGCUGACCUGCUACAUUUGAAAUAAGGUGGAAAAACUGUGGAAUUUCGACUUUUUACCGCACUAUUGCUUUACAGUAGCAGAACAGGAGGUGUGUGCAUGCGAGUACGUAUGUAUGGAUGUGUUUUUGUGGAUGGUUCAGUUGUUAAGUGGAGUAAAUGAAUCUGUCAUUACCUGUAAUCUCUGUUAUAAAUAUGUAUUUCUUCCUUCCACAUUGUGUAUCGGGCUGUCGUGUACAUAGCAUAGGCAGAGUAGAUGUGUGUAAUAUAUUGGGGAUGAAGGGUGACUUCUUCUUCUUCCACCAUAGCGAUUCUCUCAAAGCUUUUCGUUUUCUCCUUUAUUUCCCAUAUUAAAUACCAAAUCUGACUGAAA